CGGCGAGCCUCCGCGCGACGGUGGCGUGCCUUAGUUCUCCUAUGCCCGUGAGACAAGGCCCGACACCGGACGCUCUUCUCUCCUGGGUUUCUCUCCGGCGGGUCGGCCCCAAGCAGCGGCAGAGAUUCUGAGCUUCACGCCUCAGCGCAAGAUUAGAGGGCGUAGCGGCCCUCGAAGGCUCGGCGGCAGAGCCUUCCGCCUCCUCACCUCCAGGGAGAGGACAACCGCGGGUCACCCCGCUGGAGAUGAGCAGCUCUCAAAAAAGGCACAAACAACAGAAGAAUGGACACAGUCUCAUAUGUUAAAACAAUGUUAAAAGGAAAAUAAGUCUCAGCAUGAAUCCAUCUAGACCUACGCUGGGUGGUAGUGGAGAAGAAGUCUCAUUUCAAGAGAAUGAGAGAAGAUGGCAGCAAGAGCGGCUCCACAGAGAAGAAGCCUAUUAUCAGUUUAUUAACGAGCUCAAUGAUGAAGAUUACCGGCUAAUGAGAGACCAUAAUCUUUUAGGCACCCCUGGAGAAAUGACAUCAGAGGAGCUACAGCAGCGCUUAGAUAGAGCGAAGGAACAACUGGCAUCCCCGCCUGGCUCUGAGGGUGGGGCAAGGGAUGGAGACCCUGCAAACCUUAGAGAAAAUCCAGAUGAAGAUUCUCUGCUACGAUGGCUGAACACUUUUCGGCGCACUGGAAAUGUGACUCGAAGUGGACAGAACGGGAACCAAAGUUGGAGGGCUGUGAGUCGAACAAACCCAGAUAGUGGAGAAUUUGGGUUUAGCCUGGAGAUCCACAUAAAUCCUGACAACAGAGGAUCUGAAACUCAUGGGGAGGGUCAGACGGACAGUCCUUUGUCGGGUGUCAGCAGAGCGCAUAGGCAGCAAAGGUCACCUAGCCCUGUGGCUAGGCGAACGAGAAGCCAAACCUCUGUGAGUCCCAAUGGCAGUGUCUCCCGCCGUCCAAGGGGUAGGCGUGGUGCAAGGGGGCAGGGCUCUGCACAAGGCCGGUUCUCAGAACUGGGAAGGUUUAGAAAUGGAAUCGGAGCAUCACUUGGCAUUCCCAGAGUUAGUGCCCCUCGCACUGGUGCCAUCAACACCCGUAUAAACCAGUCAGAUGGCAAUAACCUCAGGCAGAGCACACGGCAGCGGUUUGGAGCGGCACACAUUUGGGAAAACGGGGCUAGAAGUAACGUUACAGUGAGGAACACAAACCAAAGACUAGAGCCAAUAAGAUUACGUCCGGCUUUAAGCAGUAGAAGCCGGUCCCCAGUUCAGAGACAGAAUGCUACUGUUGAUCAUAAUCCCCAAAGGCAGAGUAGAUCGCUACAGCAAGCUGGUAGAAGCAGGUCUGGUAGGCAGAGAGGGGUAACUCGAGUCAUCUUAGAACAAGGUCCAGAGCGCAGAGGUACUGACUAUGCCCCACUGUCCAACUCGAGGCUUGUGUCAAGAAUAACUGUAGAAGAAGGAGACUCCAGCAGGUCCUCAGCGGCCACCCAGCGCCAUCCGGCAAUCACACUAGACCUGCAAGUCAGGAGGAUCCGUCCUGGAGAAACUAGAGACAGGGAUAGCAUUGCAAAUAGAACCCGAUCCAGGGCAGGGCUGGUGGAGAGUACAGUUGAAAGCAACAGUGGGGGCUUUCACAGAACUAUAUCUCACUUAGAGCGGUCAGGUGUCCGCACCUAUGUGAGUACCAUAACAGUUCCUCUUCGAAGGAUUUCUGAGAAUGAGGUGGUUGAGCCAUCCUCUGUGGCCCUUCGGUCAAUUUUAAGGCAGAUCAUGACUGGGUUUGGAGAGCUGAGUUCUCUAAUGGAGGGGGAGGCUGAGUCAGAGAACCAGAGACAUGGUCAGCGUUUACCAGAGCUCUACCUAGAGCUGGACAACGUAGCUGCAGUUAAUGACAGCAGUCAGCAGGGUAGCAGUUCCUCACAAGCCGGGCGGGCCCGAGAAGACACUGCGGAAACGCUGGCUGGCCGUGAGCCUGCCGCAGCCCAGGCCCACAACAGUGGCAGCAGAAGCAGAAGGCAGUUAGGAAGGGCAGACAACGCGCUGGAGGCUGGAACGUUACCCAUUCUGCGCCUUGCUCAUUUCUUCUUACUGAAUGAAGGCGAUGAUGAUCCAAUUCGUGGUUUAACCAAAGAGCAGAUUGACAAUCUUUCUACACGGAGCUAUGAGCAAAGCGGGGCUGACAGUGAGUUAGGGAAAGUGUGCAGUGUGUGCAUCAGCGGCUAUGUGGCUGGGAACAAGCUCCGGCAGCUGCCGUGUCUGCACGAGUUCCACAUUCACUGCAUUGACCGCUGGCUGUCAGAGAACUGCACCUGUCCUGUCUGUCGGCGGCCAGUCUUAGAGUUUGGAGCUGUAAACAGUGGCUGAACUGAGCUCUGCUCAGUGCUGUCUGUAUGUUACUGGAGCCUCAUAGUCAAACACAUUUCUUGAGUUACUUGUGAUUAGGUAACCAAGAUGAAAAACCUAUCAGAUUAUAGUUUGCACUAUUUUUUGUGUGCUUUUUAAAAAACUUGUUACAAAGAGGUUGUUUAUAUAAAAUUUAAAAUGCAGAUGUUAAAUUAUCCAAAAGUAAAGAAUAGUUAAUGUUGCUAGAACCAAAUAACCUUUAAAAUGUUUUUAUUUUGGUAAUUUUGUCAUGCUAAGCACUUUUGUACCUGCGCAACUGAGUAUGUUAGGAAUCUUGACUGUUUCUCUGAAUACUGCAGUAGGCUUUGCUGGGACUUUUCAGUUUCAGCUCAGCGCUGUGUUUAGGCGCUACUGUCUAAGUCUUUGGUGACAGGCUGAACGUCUGCUAGAUAGGCUUACUUGAAAUGGUAACUCGUAGCACACUGUAUGUGUGGGUGCAGGUAUGUAACUAUGGUGAACAUGUCCAGGCUAAAAACUACAAGUUUGAGACUUCAGCUUCGGGGCUUAGACCACAUACUGGCACAGUGUCAACACUGGCAAGACCAUCUCGAAGAGGAAGUGAAUUAAGAGACAGUUUUAAGUAGAGGCUGUUUACUGAAGCGUGUCUGACAAUCUGACUUACUAGAACUAGCGAUAUGUAAUAAUGAACUCGGUAUUUCUUUAUUCAUAAAUGGAAUGUGGAAAAUUUUAUGACAGAUAGUUUAAGUUUGUCUUUCUGUGACUUUUUUUAGAAGUACAAACACUUCUUGGGGUUAGGUAGGGUUUACAGCAUGCUUGAUUUCUCAAAUUUAGUUUUAAAAUAUAAAAUACUUUAAAGUCUAUUAAGUAGUGAAAUGCAUAGAAAGUAUGUUAGUUUGGAUGCCAAAAAGCUCCAAAUAGAAUGAAAGCCUUUAAAGAACACAGAGUUUAUAUAAACAUAAAGUGUGCAUUAAAGUCUAUUUCUACCUGUAAACGUUAAAGACUGUGUGAACUCAUUUCCCUCUGCUGUUCCACUGUGGCUUACUCACCUCCAGAUACUUAGUCCACACUAGGUGGCAAGUGCGGUGGCAGAGUUCGCUAGGUGACAAGCAGACCAACUCCCUGUCUUCAUGGAAAAGACAUUUGCUCGUAAAAGGAA